CACAAGGCCGUCUGACCGUGCGUUAUGCGCUAUGCACCGUACGCCUAGCCCGAGAGGUCCACUGUUACCUCCGCCAAACCACGGAACAGUCGCGUCAACUGCAGCGGUCGCUUUUCCCUUCAGAACGGCAAGACUAUCAGUCAUCAGGCGCCCAACGUUAAUCUGCACGGGGAAGAUAGUGCUUGUGACGUGCUUACUUGCAUUAACUUACCGAUAUCUAACCGAGUUGCAUGAACGAGAACAUCCAAAAGUCCGCAGUAUUGGACAGCGCCCCAAGUUGAGCACGUAAUCCCGACCAGAAAGAGGACGCCCCCUGGCGUUUGCUUCAAAUUGUACCAAUAAACCAUGGGUGGCUGUAAUUCUACCGAAACCACCCCAAACAACCCAUCAUCAGAACCAUCUCCGAAGGCUUCUCAAUCACAGAGCGACAUGGCAUCCUCCGAAUAUGUUACACAGUCUAUGGCGGCCAAGGAUCCUAAGCAUGACCCCUUCUUUGACCUGAUCAUGGACGAUGACCUGGCCAAGAAUCAGUGGCCCAAGCAACUGACCAGCCAUCAAGAAGAAGGCAAGAAAGGCAAGGAUGUCUCCCUGAUGGGUAAGGUUAUGACCCCAGAGCUCUUCAACAAGCUCAAGGACAUCAAGACCAAGACGGCAGGAUGGACCAUCGCUAGGGCCAUGAACACUGGUACUUGCUACCAAUCCUCCUUCGUGGGAUGCCACGCCGGGGAUCCAGAGUCUUAUGAAAUCUUCAAGGAGCUGUUUCAUCCGGUCAUCGAGAAGUACCACGUGGGGUACAAGCUGGAUGGAUCCAUGAAGCACAUCACCGACAUGGAUCCAGACAAGCUGACCGUAGCUCUCAAAGACGAAGCCAAGGCGAAGGUUUUCUCCAGCCGUAUCCGUGUAGCUAGGAACCUCAACUUCUUCCCACUCAACCCAGGAGGCACGGUGGAAACCAGGAAUCAGAUUGCAGAUCUCAUGUCCAAGGUCUUCGACUCCUUCAAGGACUCCGACACCUACUCUGACCUGGCCGGUACCUUCCACCGCCACACUGAGAUGACGCCUGAGGAGACCCAGGAGCUCGUUGACGGUCACUUCCUCUUCCGUGGCAAAGAUAAGAUGCAGGCUGCGUCCGGUUACCAUCGCUUCUGGCCCAAGGGAAGAGGCAUCUUCCUCAACAAGAGCAAGACCUUCGUCGUCUGGGUGAACGAAGGUGACCACCUCCGCAUCAUCUCCAUGGAGCAAGGAGGUGACAUCAAGAGCGUCUUUACGCGUCUCUCGCGCGCCAUUAAGGCCAUGGAAGAAGGCGUGAAGAAGGUCACAGGCCGCGAGAGCGUCUUUGCCAGUGAUCCCGCACUGGGCGUUAUCACCUGCUGUCCAUCCAACUUGGGUACAGCUAUGCGUGGCAGCGUCCACAUCGGAGUCCCAACCAUUGCUUCAGCUCUUGGUCUUGCAGAGAUUGACAAGAUGGCCCGUACCAUCAACUGCCAGGCCCGGGGUAGCAGUGGGGAGCACUCCGCCAUUGUUGACAGGGUCGACAUCUCCAACUGGAGACGUCUUGGCUUCACCGAGUACUCCUUGGUCCAGGAUCUGAUCAGAGGAGCCAACCUACUGUCGGCUCUAGAAGAUAAAUUCGUCAGUAAGGAGGCGGAUGCAUCUAAUGUUGACCAGGUUCUUGCUCAACUUAUGUCUGACGUCACUAUCGCUGGAAAGUAAUUAAAUCAACCCAAUCGUGUUUUUCUUUUCAGAUCUAAACUAGAGACAUUACUUAUUAAUGGUUUGGGGUAGGGCACCAAGAUGGAUCACAUUUUAAAGAAAAAAUCGGAGGCACUGCAGUAGACAUGUUAAGACAAAUUUUAUUGUUUUGUCACAGAGUCUUUCGUUUCUCUUCAAUGUUAAGUACAUUGUACAUGUAUAAUGCUUUGCUUUAUUUAUCGCCCUUGUCUUUUUUUGGCUGAAACAGAAAUAAGGAUUGAAAUAUAAUGUAUCGUUUAAUCCACUUUUUUCCUAAGACGUUUAUUUGUGUAUUUUGUUUGAAUAUUUCCGUUUAAUGUCAGGUUAGAUUUCCAAAAAAAAAUCUGGCUAGGAGAACUAGCCGUAUGUUUCUAAUCUUAUUUGUCACUUUUCCCCCGUUGACUUGUAUUGGGUUAGGCCGGUAUGAGGGGUCAGGUCAGGUACACCAGCUUAUGUUCACGUGAUAAUCCCAAAUGCUGAUUAUAAACUAAGAAUCCCCCUGAAACUUGUCAAUCAAGUUUUCUGAAUGUAAAAGUGGAGCAUUCCACUAUAAACACCAAACAACUGAUCAUAUAUCGCGAAUCAUUUCAUUUUCGAGUAUUAUUAAAUAUUGAAAUACAUGUACACUUGUACAUACACUAUUUGUUUUACUAGAACCCUUAUCAUUUCUGUGAUCUUCAAAAAUAUUCAAAUUUAGCUCCUUUCGUUCCGCUGUUCCCAUAAACAGGUAGAUCUUAGGCUGUGGUUUUAGCUACAAUAAUACCUCGUUUGUAAUACAUGCGCUCAUUAAAUGCUAUGAAAUGAGUCGGUCUGUUACAAUAUUCUUGUAAUCAUAUUUGAGAGAGUAACUCAACGUUUGCAGUGAGAAUGUCAUAUGUAAAUCUUCUAUGUGUAAGACAAAAGUACACUUGUGGGCUAAAACAAAGUCAAGUUUAUUAUAAAAAAAGUAGAUAAUUUAGAUGAAAAUUACUAUUUCUGUAUGCAUAAACGUUCAAUUGGCACUUAACAUUAUGCAACUUUCAAUUUUGACGAAAAUGCUUUUUUUGUGAUUUAAUAAACGAGGCAAAUUACUUAAUAAGGAUGAUGGGAUAUUAAUAAGGGUGUUUGGAUAUUACCGAAUCUAUUCUCAUUUUGCGGUGUGAUUGAAGUGAAUUUUAGUUUUACAAAAAUGUUGAAAAUAUAUACAUUCAUAUUAAGAAACACAAAUAUAAUGGUGAGACAUGUAAUGUAGAUUAAAACAUUAUCCUUCGAUAUGUGUACACCACUCAUAAAAUUGCAAAUAAUGGAGACAUUACUACACUUAUUUCAUUUUGUCUCAAAAAAUACUUCGCACUCAGGUUCGUGCCAAAUGUAAACUGGGUUAUGAACAGAAUAUAUUUCAAAAUAAAAUUGUCAUUCUUACCAGUAUCCGGAAUAACAAAAGAAAUUGCAAGCAUCUGUUCGAAAUAAAAAAAAAUUAUGCAAUUGGUGAAAAUAUUCAAAUUUCGCAAAGAGGGCAAUAACAACUUGCAAACAGUCUAGUUAUAUAUAGGAUUGUUUAGGGGAUUUUGUAUCUAUUUUAUAUGUCUAUGUAAUUCGAGGUAUAGCAGGGGUGAGAUUUUUCCAUUAAUUUUGUUAUUUAAAUGGUAUGAUGAAAUUAAAUAAAUUGCAAAAAUGA